CAUGCGCAUUACAUCAUCCCCUUUCACAAAGUAGCAGAAGAAGCUUAGGAAAGGGAGUCUCCUUGGUAAGACGUCAAAGUAGAAAUAUUCCGAUUAAAUUCGGUGUCAGACGUCUUGCAUGGACGGAAGGAAAUAUUACGACCCUGAACAAAUCCAGGGUGGGCCUGCAGGAAGGACUUCGCUAACAGACAGCCAGAGAGAGGUGUGAUUGAGGGAGCAGAUAUAGGCUUUUAGCCUGUGUUUCUGUGGGGGGUACGGUCCAGAAAAUAGGGAAAAAGUGAACCAAGAGGAAGACAAACCGCUCCAGUCCGGAGGGGAAGGGCUGCGUGAGCUCCAGCUCGGUGUGUCCGGCCGCCAUGGCUCAUCUACGGGGCAUCGGGAACCAGAACACUCGCCUGGAUCCUGAGCAGUACUUCACCAAGCUAGAGCGCAUCGGUAAAGGCUCCUUUGGAGAAGUUUACAAGGGAAUUAACAACCGCACAAAGGAGGUGGUGGCUAUUAAAAUCAUUGACCUGGAAGAAGCGGAAGAUGAGAUAGAAGACAUUCAGCAGGAGAUCACGGUUCUCAGCCAAUGUGACAGUCCGUUUGUGACUAAAUACUUUGGCUCCUACCUUAAGGGCACGAAACUAUGGAUCAUCAUGGAGUAUUUGGGUGGUGGCUCAGCUCUAGACAUGCUCAAGCCAGGGCCGCUGGAGGAGGCCUACAUCGCCACCAUCCUCAGAGAGAUCCUCAAAGGACUGGACUACCUACACUCAGAGAGGAAGAUUCACAGAGACAUUAAAGCUGCCAAUGUUCUACUGUCGGAGCACGGAGAGGUAAAGCUAGCAGACUUUGGUGUGGCAGGCCAGUUAACAGACACGCAGAUCAAGAGGAACACGUUUGUGGGUACUCCGUUCUGGAUGGCUCCGGAGGUCAUUAAGCAGUCUGCAUAUGAUUUCAAGGCUGACAUCUGGUCCUUGGGUAUUACGGCCAUAGAGCUGGCCAAAGGGGAGCCCCCAAACUCAGACCUGCACCCCAUGAGGGUCCUGUUUCUCAUCCCUAAGAACAACCCCCCCACCCUGGAGGGUUCCUACAGCAAGGCCUUCAAGGAGUUUGUGGAAGCUUGUCUCAAUAAAGACCCACGAUUUAGACCAACAGCCAAAGAGCUGCUGAAACAUAAAUUCAUCACUCGCUACACCAAGAAAACAUCCUACUUAGCUGAGCUGAUUGACCGCUACCGCCGCUGGAAGUCUGAGGGUCAUGGAGAUGAGUCCAGCUCUGACGACUCUGACAUGGAUGGAGAGGGGGAUGACAGAGAUCAGUGUCCUAUGUGGACAUUCCCCCCAACUGUAAGACCCACUUCUAUGAACAAGCUACAGCGAGGCCUCAACCAUACAGACAAUAAGACAACAGAUGCGAUGAAGAGGCAGCCAAAGUCACCGUCUCUCACAACACUCCUCAUGCCCAUCUUUAGAGAGUUAAAGGAGAAGCGGCGUGUGAGUGGAAGCAGUGUCAGUGCAUUAGAGGAGCUGGAGAACGCCUUCAGUCUGGCUGAGGAGUCGAGUCCAGGAAUCUCAGACCGUUUACUCACUAACGUGAUGGAGAGAGUGUGCAGGUUUACGCUCAAUGGGAACACCACACCCCCAAAGCGAUAAAAUCCCACUGACUGCUGGGGGACCGCCUCCAUUCUCCCUGGGAGGACCAUCUGGAUCAGGCCAUCCUCGCCCAUGUUCCGCUUCAUGAUCUAUUUUCCAUCUCCACAUAUAAGAGCCUUGGACCUUUAAUACAAUCAAUGGCACUCAUCUUUUAAUUUCAGCAUACGAUCUGAUAUUUUUUUUAUUGUCUUCUUUAUGAAAUAUUGACUUUUUCAACUGAAAGAAAUUCAAGCUCUGUGUAUUCCAGGAAGUGAUAUGAGGCUUCAUUAUAUUCAAUAAACUGCACAGAUGCAAAAAUA